UGUCUUCCCCAACCCGGCAUCCGUUUCCCCUCGCGAGAGCUCGAGACACCCCCCAUGUCGCGGUAGGAAGACCGUCCGAACCCUAACCCUAGCUCCAUCCACCGGCGUCCCCGUCCUCCUCCGGCCAUCCUCCAUGGACGCGAAGGACAUCCUCGGGCUCCAGAAGACCUCCUUCCCGUCCGCCCAGGAGAAGAAGUCGCGGCCGCCCAAGGAGCCGCAGCGCAAGCCCGAUGGCGUCUCGCGCGAGGUGUACGCGCUCACCGGAGGGGUCGGAAUGGCGCCGCUCAUGCCGACCAUCGAGGCCUCGCACCUGAAGCGCCGGCCUGCUGUCGAGAAGGAGAAGGUAGCAUGGCAGUGGCUACCUUUCACGUCAUCUGCACGAACUGACAAUCUGCAACUUUACCACUGGGUUAGAGUUGUAAAUAAUGUUCCACCAACUGGUGAUUAUGACUUUGCAAAAUAUAACACGAAGGUGGAUGUUCUUAAAUACACCGAUGAGGAGUAUGAGAAAUAUUUAACUGAACCUACAUGGAGCAGAGAAGAAACAGACCAGCUAUUUGAAUUAUGUCAGCGCUUUGACCUUCGUUUCAUAGUAAUAGCAGAUAGGUUUCCAACUGCUCGCAGCGUGGAAGAUCUAAAGAGCCGUUAUUAUUCAGUUACUAGGGCCCUUCUAAUUGCAAGAGCUCGAUCAUUCGAUGAAGUUGCUGGAAACCCUCUUGUGAAGGAAACCUUCAAUGCUGCUCAUGAGACCGAGAGAAAACGUGCAUUGUCUGCACUCUUCUCCCAAACAAAACAGCAAGAACGAAAGGAUGCCGAGGUUUUAGCAGAAGCAAAACGCAUUAUGGAAUCUCGUGCUGCUAAUAAAAAUGUGGAAGAAGCCGGAGCACCGACGAGCAUCCCUAAUGCUGCGGUUCCUGCUGACGGUGUAUCUCCCUUGAGCAACAAUCUUCCAUCUUCAGCUGCUACACAUCCAGCUGCAGCAGCGAAUACCUCCAUACCUGAUACACUGCGGAUGCUUAAAGUGUAUUUGAGAACCCAUGCACUUGAUCAAAUGGUUCAAGCAGUAACUGCUUCAGCUGGCAUUAGAAUGAUUAAAAGGGUGGAUCAAACUCUACAAGAUCUUGGGGUAAAUUUGAAGCCUAAGGUCCCAACAAAAGCAGUUUGUGCCGAACAUCUUGAGUUACGGAAUGAGAUACUCACACUGCUUAACAUACAGAAGCAGCUACAAAAUAAAGAGGCUGAAGUUUUAGCAAACAGAGAAAGUUCAUUCACAGAGGCACCGACCACACCUAAGCGUUCUAAUAGAGAUAUUGAUCGACCCUUUGUCCCUGAUAUGGCUGGGUUUGGAGGUGAGAGAGCAGUCAAACGGGACCACAAGAGGAAGGCCACUGGAAGAUUUGAUGCACCCCCCUCACCAACCCAGGGCAAGAGGCCUCGGAAGAUGAAGGCGUCUGAUUGAUAGUCGGACACAACAUAUAACAUCGGGAUGUAGCCAAAUAACCAGAGCCGGCCCUGGGCCAGGGCAAGAAGGACGUGGCCAAGGAAAAUAGGACUAGUCUUCUGUACACUAGGUUAGCCGUUCGCCACCUGUUUUGUAAAAUGGAAUUAAUGGUGGUUUUAACCUUGUUGUUGAUUGUGGAAAUGAACUCUGUUUUGUGCAAAGCAAUGCGCACGACGAUUCAGAGCAGAUCAAGAGUUGGAACUGGAUUCCAGAAAUGCUUUGGGCACCCAUAUUAUCGAAUUCAUUAAGUUCAAAGUUGCUCCUCGCCGUGGGGAUGAUCCCCGUGCGAAGAUAAGCUUUUGAACUUCUUUAAAUAACAAAGUUCUACGGA